GGGCGUCCCGCAGCGGCGGGGCCCAGCGCCGCUCCCGCCGCCCCUCCGCGCACCGCCCGGGCCCCAGCCCGGCCCCGCCCGCCCCGCCGGAUGUGAUGGCCGCCCGGGCGGGGGGGUGAGCAGCGAGACCGCGGCGGCCGGCAGCCCAGCGCGGCCCUGACCAGCGCCGGCUUCUCCUCCUUUCCCCCUCCGCGCCCUCUCUUCCCUCGCGACCUCUCCCCGCUACCCAUGCCCCGGGCGCCGUAGCCGGCGGGGAGCGGCGAGGCGGGCAGCCCCGAUGCGGAGGAGCCGCCAUGCAGCCGCCGCCGCAGCCCUACGAGUUUUUCGGCGAGGAGAACGGCCCGAAAUGGCGGGGGCUCUUCGUGCCCGCCCUGCGCAAGGUGCAGCAACAGGUUCACCCAAACCUUUCAGCAAAAGAAGAUUCCCUCUAUUACAUUGAAGAGUUAAUACUUCAGCUGCUAAACAAACUGUGUAUUGCUCAGCCACGGACUGUCCAAGAUGUAGAGGAGCGUGUUCAAAAGACAUUUCCUCACCCCAUAGACAAGUGGGCAAUUGCUGAUGCACAAUCUGCUAUAGAGAAAAGAAAAAGAAGAAACCCUCUCUUGCUUCCUGUGGACAAAAUACAUCCUUUAUUAAAGGAGGUCCUAGGUUAUAAGGUAGAUUACCAUGUCUCGCUCUACAUUGUGGCUGUCUUGGAAUACAUCUCAGCUGACAUUUUAAAACUAGCUGGAAACUAUGUUUUCAACAUCCGACACUUUGAGAUCUCCCAGCAGGACAUUAAAGUAUCAAUGUGUGCUGAUAAGGUUUUGAUGGACAUGUUUGACCAGGAUGACAUUGGUUUGGUUUCUCUCUGUGAAGAUGAGCCCUCUUCUUCUGGGGAGCUCAACUACUAUGACCUAGUGAGAAACGAAAUUGCAGAAGAAAGGCAGUAUCUGCGGGAGCUGAAUCUGAUCAUAAAAGUAUUUCGGGAAGCUUUCCUGUCAAACAGAAAACUGUUCACACCUAAUGAUAUCGAUGUGAUAUUCAGCAACAUUUCAGAUAUUCACGAGUUGACAGUGAAGCUUUUAGGACUGAUUGAAGAUACUGUUGAAAUGACUGAUGAAAGUAGUCCUCAUCCUCUGGCUGGCAGCUGCUUCGAGGAUCUGGCAGAGGAGCAAGCCUUUGAUCCAUAUGAAACCUUGUCCCAGGAUAUUCUGUCUCCACAAUUUCAUGAGCAUUUUAACAACCUAAUGGCAAAACCUGCUGUUGCUCUCCACUUCCAGUCUACUGCUGAGGGCUUUAAAGAAGCUGUCCGAUACGUCCUCCCACGACUCAUGCUUAUCCCAGUCUAUCACUGUUUGCACUACUUUGAGUUACUACAGCAAUUGCAGGAGUGCAGUGAGGAUGAAGAGGACCGGGAGUGCCUCAAACAAGCCAUUACUGCUCUCCUGAACCUGCAGUGCAGCAUGGAGCGCAUUUACAGCAAACACUCCCCGAGACGCCGGCCUGGGGAGCCAGUCUGUCGCUUCUAUAACCGACAAAUAAGAAGCAAGCACUUGGCCAUCAAGAAAAUGAAUGAAAUCCAGAAAAAUAUCGAUGGCUGGGAAGGCAAAGAUAUUGGGCAGUGCUGUAAUGAGUUCAUAAUGGAAGGAGGCUUGACAAAAAUAGGAGCCAAACACGAACGCCACAUCUUCCUCUUCGAUGGUUUAAUGAUCAGCUGCAAAACCAACCACGGUCAGUCCCGGCUUCCUGGUUACAGCAAUGCAGAGUACAGGCUGAAGGAGAAGAUCAUCAUGAGGAAAAUACAGAUCAUUGAUAAAGAUGACACGCCUGAAUAUAAACAUGCUUUUGAGCUGGUGUCUAAAGAUGAGAACAGUAUUCUCUUUGCUGCCAAGUCAGCUGAAGAGAAGAGUAACUGGAUGGCUGCUCUGAUUUCCCUCCAGUAUCGGAGCACGCUGGAUCGCAUGCUGGAUGCAGUGUUACUGCAGGAGGAAAAUGAACAGCCCCUGAGGUUGCCCAGCCCAAAUGUGUAUCGUUUUGUGGUGGAAGACUCAGAGGAUAACAUCGUGUUUGAGGACAACUUGCAGAGCAGGAAUGGCAUUCCCAUCAUCAAAGGAGGAACGGUUGUGAAGUUAAUCGAAAGGUUAACGUACCACAUGUAUGCAGAUCCUAAUUUUGUCCGUACUUUCCUUACCACAUACCGCUCGUUUUGCAAGCCCCAGGAACUGCUGAGUUUGCUGAUUGAGAGGUUUGAAAUCCCAGAGCCUGAGCCCACUGAAGCAGACAGGCUGGCCAUUGAGAAGGGGGAGCAGCCCAUCAGUGCAGACCUGAAGAGGUUCCGCAAGGAAUACGUCCAGCCAGUGCAGCUCAGAAUAUUGAACGUUUUCCGUCACUGGGUCGAGCACCAUUUUUACGACUUUGAAAGAGACCUGGAGCUCCUAGAGAGACUGGAGACGUUUAUUUCCAGUGUCAGAGGAAAAUCCAUGAAGAAGUGGGUGGAAUCGAUUGCUAAAAUCAUCAAGAGGAAGAAAGCUCAAGCAAAUGGGAUUAGCCACAACAUCACCUUUGAGAGCCCACCCCCCCCCAUCGAGUGGCACAUCUGGCGUGUGGGGCACAGCGAGACGCUGGACCUGAUGACUCUGCACCCCAUCGAAAUAGCUCGCCAGCUGACACUGCUGGAGUCUGACCUCUACAGGGCAGUGCAGCCUUCUGAACUCGUUGGUAGUGUGUGGACUAAAGAAGAUAAGGAAAUUAACUCCCCAAAUCUCUUGAAAAUGAUUCGUCACACUACAAAUCUCACUCUUUGGUUUGAAAAGUGCAUUGUGGAAACAGAGAACUUUGAGGAGCGAGUGGCUGUGCUGAGCAGGAUCAUAGAAAUCCUGCAGGUUUUUCAAGACCUGAAUAAUUUCAAUGGUGUUUUGGAGAUUGUCAGUGCAAUGAACUCUGUGUCUGUGUACAGACUAGAUCACACAUUUGAGGCACUACAGGAAAGGAAAAAAAAAGUUUUGGAUGAAGCAGUAGAAUUAAGUCAAGAUCAUUUUAAAAAGUACCUAGCUAAGCUCAAGUCAAUCAACCCACCCUGUGUGCCUUUCUUUGGAAUAUACCUAACAAAUAUUUUGAAGACAGAAGAAGGGAAUCCUGACUUCCUUAAAAGACAAGGGAAAGAAUUAAUUAACUUCAGUAAGAGGAGAAAAGUGGCUGAAAUUACAGGAGAAAUUCAGCAGUAUCAAAACCAGCCUUACUGUUUACGGAUAGAGCCAGAAAUUCGGAAAUUCUUCGAAAAUCUCAAUCCUAUGGGGAAGGUACCAGAAAAAGAGUUCACAGACUACCUGUUCAACAAGUCACUUGAAAUUGAACCUCGAAACUGCAAGCAGCCACCCAGAUUUCCUAGGAAAACAACGUUCCCCCUGAAGUCUCCUGGGAUAAGGCCCAAUACAGGCAGACAUGGCUCCACCUCUGGCACCUUGAGAAGCCAUCCACUGCCACUGGAAAAGGAACCCAGUAAGAUCAGCUUCAGUAGAAUCACUGAGGCAGAGCAUGAAUCAACAGUAUCAGCACCAACCUCUCCAAACACACCAUCAACACCACCAGUUUCUGCUUCUUCAGAGUUCAGUGUGUUUUUAGACAUCGAUCUCAACAGUUCUUAUGGUAACAACAGCAUCUUUGCCCCUGUCAGUUUGCCGCAGUCAAAGACUUUCUUCAGCUCGUGGGGUAGCUUUCCUAAACUAAGUGAUGAGCCUCAAAACCCUCCUCCACUUCCUCCACGAAAAAAGAUAGAUCCAGAUGCUUCUAAUGCCAAGGGAAGCUCCAAGCCGGACGACGAUCCCCCCGCCAUCCCUCCUCGGCAGCCGCCGCCUCCAAAGCUCCAGCCCCGCGCUCCCCCCUUCGCUGCCCCCUCGGAGCAGCCUCUGCACAGCCCUCCUCCUCCUCCCCCCCGGGACCCUCUCCCCGACACUCCGCCUCCUCUCCCGCUCCGCCCUCCCGAACACUUCAUCAACUGCCCCCUCAACCUGCCUCUGCCGCCGCUGGGACGCUGGACCCGGGAUCCCGAGUGGCUGCGGGAGCCCUGCAGCGGCCCCAGCUCCCCCGGCACCCCACCCGGGACCCCGUCCCCCCGGCUCCUGCGCCGCUGCUGCGGCCUCAGCGCCGGCCACAACCCGCUGGGCCACCCGCCCGCGCCCCCCGUCCCUCCCCGGCACAACUCCAGCCCUCAGCUGCCAAAACUGCCACCAAAGACUUACAAAAGGGAGCUCUCCCACCCUCCUUUGCACAGACUGUCUUUGCUCGAAAACGCAGAAACUCCUCAAUGACCUUAGCCCUCGUAGUCAUCGACACUGGAAUAGUAUUUGUAAAGUUCCUUUUUGUCGCGUCGUUUUGUUUCGUUGGGGGUUGUUGGGUUGUUGUUGUUGUGUUUUUUUUAAUUUAUUCAAAAAAAGGCAGUGUGGUUUAGUACUUUCAGCUCUUCAACUGCUGCUGAUCAAAAGACAGAAAAAAAAACAAACAAAAAAAGCUUAAAAUUGGGAAAGAAAAAGAAAAGAGAAGUCAGACUAAAGUCAGACUAGACAGACUGUGUCCUGCACCCUCAGGUGAUCAGCAGCCUGGGCUCCUGUCGCAGCCUCAGUGCCCACCCUCAUGCCAGUACACAAAACGUCUCUCUUUGCACUGUUCAGCUACACUAAACGAGUUCAAACUGACAUUGUUGUAAUUGCACUGAGCCAAAAAAAAAAAAAAAAAAGGUGCGUCUGUGGAAUCUUUUUCAAAUUUGAGCACUAGUGGCCUUCUUUGUUGUUGUUGUUGUUGUUUUUUUAAAUACUUACAAAGAAGAGCAGCGGAUGGUUACGCAGCUCCAGGACAUUGCAGUGAUGCUGAUUUUAAACCUCUGGCCACUUGCCUUCCAGCUUUUUGUAAGCUCAGAGGUUGGGGAGUGACAGCUCCUGUCCUUGAAUGUUUUGAUGCCAUGUCUUAAUUGCCACUGAUUUGCUGCUGAAGACAGAAACAACAGGUUUGAAAUCGAAAUACCAAAAUAUUCAGUUGGUCUUCAUUUAUUUUUUUUAACUUUUUUUUUUUUUUUUUUACUUUUUUUUUGAGAAAGGACAGACAAGGACUGCCUGGCGUGGAUAUUGGAAAGGAUCCCUCGCCCUUAGCAUGCAUCUUGCUCAGAUGUGCCUUUUUGUUUUGGUAGGCAAAGAUGUCUUAAGCUAAAGAGUUGUCUACUGUUCUGGAGAACAAAGCUAUAUGCCGUGUAUGUACAAUUGUUUAUAUUGUAUAUUUACAGAUAAUGCUAAUAACCUGUAUAAAUUUAAGUGACUUGAGGCCUAUAAUACAGUCUGCUACUCUUGCAAUCUUAUACGGUCAGAAGUGUUUCCUCUGGCUUAGGAACAGUCUUGCCUUCCAAACCUAAUAUCUUUUCUUUAGAUCUCACUUAAUUGUGAAUCCAUUUUUGGAAGUUGGUAGCAUUUAAACCAGCAAACACUUAAAAGCUUUAUUAAACUUUUUAAACUGAUAAGUGAAUGGAACUUUUAUUUGCCAGUUAAACGACUUGUUAGAACUGGUGUGAGAGUGAGUCUGUUUUACUGGUAGUACUGUAGCAGCAUUUAUGAAGUGGCCAGAAGCCACAUUUUAUUUACUGGUCUGUGGCCUUUUACUGUGCUUUGUAUCAGAGUUCUUAACAAGAUUAAUAAAUCACCCCAGUCUUAAUUUUUAA